CCCAGCCCCAGCCCGAGCUCCAGCCUCAGCCUCAGCCUCAGCCACACGACAGCAUGAGGCCAGACAGCAUCUUGGUCCUCGCAGCUCUCCUCCUUUCCUCCGCUCUGGUAGCUGGAGAUGAAGUCAACGGUGACAAAGAAGGAGUUUGCCCAAUGGACAAUGGACGCUGCAUCAGGAGACAGCCACCCCAUUGUAAGAGUGACGAGGACUGUGCAGGCCAGGAGAAGUGCUGUUACCUGCACUGUGGCUACAAAUGUGUGCAGCCUGUGAAGCCAGAAGAGCUCUCUGGAGGCCUGAGGGUGUGAAACCUCCUGAGCCCUGAGGGUGUGAAGCCUCCUAAAGAAAGGACCUCAGAGAACUGCCUUGCCCUUCCACCAUAUAAGGACACAGCAAGAAGUACGAAGACCAGAAACCAGGCCUUUCCAGACCCUGAAUCUCCUGGCUCCCUGACCUUGGCUUCCCAGCCUCCAGAACUCUGAAAAAUA